AUGGGAAAAGCUGCUAAGAAGAAGUACUCUGGAGCCCCAGGCUCUGGGAAGCAAGUUGCAGCUGAAAAGCAUUUAAAUACAGUUUUCAAGUUUAAUACUGAUCUUGGUCAACAUAUUUUAAAGAAUCCGCUAGUGGCACAGGGUAUUGUUGAUAAAGCCAAUAUCAAGCCCUCUGAUAUUGUUUUAGAAGUUGGUCCAGGUACUGGUAAUUUGACUGUUCGUAUUUUAGAACAAGCUAGAAAGGUUGUUGCAGUUGAAAUGGAUCCUAGAAUGGCCGCUGAAUUGACAAAGAGAGUCCACGGUACCCCAGCUGAAAAAAAACUGGAAAUCAUGUUAGGUGACUUUAUGAAGACUGAAUUACCAUAUUUUGACAUUUGUAUAAGUAAUACCCCAUAUCAAAUUUCUUCACCUUUGGUGUUUAAAUUGAUUAAUCAGCCAAGACCUCCAAGAGUCUCAAUACUGAUGUUCCAAAGAGAAUUUGCCUUGAGAUUAUUGGCAAGACCAGGUGAUUCAUUGUACUGUAGAUUAUCUGCAAACGUCCAAAUGUGGGCUAAUGUCACUCAUAUUAUGAAAGUCGGCAGAAACAAUUUUAGACCACCACCACAAGUUGAAUCUAGUGUGGUUAGAAUUGAAAUCAAGAAUCCAAGACCAGAAGUUGACUUCAAUGAAUGGGAUGGUUUAUUGAGAAUCGUCUUUGUAAGAAAGAACAGAACUAUUGCUGCUGGUUUUAAGUCAACUUCAGUUUUGGAAAUUUUAGAGAAAAAUUACAAAACAUACUUAUCUAUGAACAAUGAAAUGAUUGAUGAUACUACUGGUUCCAUGACUGAAGUAGUUAAGGAGAAGAUAGAAACGGUCUUGCAAGAGACAAAGUUAAGUGACAAGAGAGCAGGUAAAUGUGAUCAAACUGAUUUUUUGAGACUAUUGUAUGCAUUCCACCAAGUUGGUAUCCAUUUCUCAUAG